UACAGGGAUUUGAAGAAGAACAUUUGAAACGUCAACAUAGAUUAUCUUCGCGACUCAUCAAGCAAGUUACCACAGUUUUUCUUUCUUCUUUGGAUAGUGACGGCAGCCAUACUCAACUUGUAUGUAGCAGUGUUUUGCAGGGCACUCUCUUCUUUGUAUUUUUCCGCGACAUCAUAAGAUCAAAAUGGACGCCGCGGAGAAGAAGUUCAAGCAAUCGCUGCGCGAGAUGCAGGGCUCGCUGAAGCAGCUGCAGGACUUUGAAUCGAAAUACGACGAGCUGAUCUCGACCCUGACCGACUUGCCGAAAAAACUUCAACACGACAUUAUGGUGCCCUUUGGCGACGGGAUCUUUUUUGAGGGCCACAUCGAGCGGACGAACGAGGUGAUCAUGCACCUGGGGGACAGUUACUACGCGGAGCGCACCAUUCCGAACGCGCUGAAGACGAUUGAGGAGCGGCACAGGGAGAACAAGAAACUCAUUUCAGCGCAAAUGGACGCGAUUGCGGACCUGGAGAAGGAGAGAAAGAUGCUGUUUGAGGAUAAGAUUCUCGAGGCGAGGAAGAUUAGAGAUGAGAAAAAAACCACGGCCGGGGUCGAGAAACCGAAUGUGCUGGAACGGGAAGUGAUUGUGCCGGAUAUGGUGGACGAAAAUAAAUGGAAAACCGCUGCUACUGCAGCGUCUUCUACAACCAACAAGGGUGGUGAAGCCGCGCGCAAGGUGGCAGAACCGGGAAUAAAACCAUCCGAGUCUGAAAUCGUUGAGAUCGAAGAGAAGGAAGGCGACCUCGAGCGUCACAUGAAGGAAAGUAGAACUAACGCUGACAAGGAAAACAAGAAGAAAACCGAGAACGAAAAUAACAGUGCAGAGGAGAAAAAAAGGCUAGAAAUGGAGAGAAUCGCUGCUGAGGAUGCGGCUCGGGCGGAGAAACUGGCGAUGGAGAUGUUUUCCAGUAACCACGGCGGAAAAAAAAGCACGAAGGCGAAGGAAAGGUCCAGCACUGACGGAGGGGGGAAAACACCAGAACCAGCGACAUCUGCCAGCAUGAAGCAGGAGGCGCAGACCACGGAGUCGAAACCGCUCAAAAGUGCCAAUCCGGCUGCUUCCUCCCUCGACGAAAUGCUUCGAAGGUUGGAAGAAACUGAGAACGCCAUGGCUGCUGCGAGAAAGAAGAACGCAAAGAUGAGGAGUGAAGAUGAAGACUCUUCAUCUAGAUCUUCUUCUGACGGUGACGAAAAUAAUUCCGACGAUGAAUCUGAAGAAGACGAUGACACGACAGCCGGCACUGGUCAAGGCAACGCCAGCGGCCUGAUCCUCGGCGACGCAAUGGUGGAUUUGGCGAAGCAGCAAGCCCUGAUUGACAAGAUGUACAGCGGGAUCGAGGGGUGCGAGCCGCCGCCGCGCGUAUUACCGGGUUCGGCCGCGAAGCAGAGCUUGCUGUUGUCCAGCAGUUGCAGUUCUUCGAAUAAAUCUGUUUUUGAGAAAAACGCGCUGAAGCAAAAGAUCCAGAGCGCUGGCACGCAGUACGACCAAGCCACGUUUGGAAAGCAGCUGGAUCAGAAGCAGCAGGCACAGAGGAAAAAGAUGGCCUUGUUGGAGGUGAAUGAUCGCCAAGUCUCGGAACGGGUGCUCGAUCUACUGGAGGAUAAGAACACUAGCUCGAAAAUAAAGGAUACUAAGGUUGCGCCGGAUAGUCGUGGUACUAGCAGAUCCACAUCAAAGUCCUCCACCACCGGUGGUACGACCUUAGCUUCUUCUGUUCCUCCUGUGAUAGCUGGCACUUCGAACUCGACAGGAUACCUCCACCAACUGGACAGCUACAAAGGUCGUUGUACAACUAGUUCGUCAAACGCGAACAAAUCAUCUCGGUCUGCGAUUAGCCAAAGCAUUCUCAUACCGGGCCAAAUGAAUAAAUCUGCCUCAACUGCUGGUGGACCAGGGAUGAUCACAAGCGCAGCUGCUCCCAAAGAUACCAAGAAGGAACCCGCACCUACUCCUCGUUCCGGAUCCGGUUCCUCCUCCCCGACCAAGACUCUUGACAGCAACCUGAAGCUCCACGUAGAUGGAGCUACGGGCGGUCGUGCAGCGACAUCAUCGGCUAGUGCCACCACUUCGUCUCUGAUUCAAGUCGUCUCCGAGACAGACCACGACACGAUUACUGCCAAUUGUUCCAGUCCCCCCCUCGGUGCGCAGCAAAUCUCGUCGAAGGGAAUUGUAGACUUAGAAGCGCUGGACAUGGAUGAAGAUAGCUUUGUUGUCCCUGCCAGAACUAAUAUCGCAUCUUCUACUUCACGACCGGGAGGACCAACUGUGCGUGGAGUUGCAUCCGCCAGUAGAAGUGCAGGGACGAAUACGAAAGCCGUGACGGCAGAUGCUGGUGCCCUUCCUGGAAAAAAAGUGAGGUUUGCCGAGGCUCCUUUAGAAGAAGUGGUAGACGUGAACCAUGAUCCUGUGGGUGUGGCUUCGACUUCGUCUGCGAACAACCCGUUUCAGUCCGCAGAAAAUCGGGCGUGGUUUGAUUCUUUGCAAAAACCCCAAACCGGAAAGCGUGUGUCGAAGUUCAAACAGGAGCGCAUGCAGCUCGCCGCGGGACCACGGGGGGCAUAGAGCAUGAUAGAUGGUGGAUGAUCAUGAUUGUUUGACGAAACUAUGACUGUUUGAGCAUUGUAUCUAGAUAGCAAAAUGAAAUUGCACCACCUGGGGAGGAGCAG